GCAGGGCUUGAAGAGAAACUGAAGGAGUGAAGUCAGGAACUCUCUACUGAAAUCUGUGCCUGCAAAUGAAAUGGAGAAAUCCCGACCAUUGUGGGACAAUCCCUUACAGUUUGUUUUCGCCUGCAUUUCUUAUGCAGUGGGGCUGGGAAAUGUCUGGAGGUUUCCGUAUUUAUGUCAGAUGUACGGAGGAGGUGGCUUUUUAAUUCCUUAUCUCAUCAUGUUAAUUGUGGAAGGGAUGCCUUUGUUAUUCCUGGAGCUGGCAGUAGGACAGCAUAUGCGUCAAGGGAGCAUUGGCGCAUGGAAAACAAUAAGUCCCUACCUCAGUGGAGUCGGUGUUGCCAGUGUGGUGGUAUCAUUUUUCCUCUCCAUGUACUAUAACGUUAUAAAUGCCUGGGCCUUCUGGUACCUGUUCCAUUCAUUCCAGAAUCCCUUGCCAUGGGCUGCUUGUCCACUGAACAGCAAUCACACUGGUUACAUUGAAGAAUGUGAGAAGGCAUCAUCUACUCAGUAUUUCUGGUACAGGAAAACCCUAAACAUUUCACCAUCCAUUGAGGAGAAUGGGAGUAUCCAGUGGGAGCAAGCCAUGUGCCUGAUCCUGGCUUGGCUGAUGGUCUAUCUAUGUAUUCUAAGAGGAACAGAGUCUACAGGCAAGGUUGUUUACCUAACAGCUUCUUUGCCAUAUCUUGUCCUCCUCAUCUACUUAAUUAAAGCACUAACACUACAUGGAGCUGUGAAUGGACUGGUUUAUAUGUUUACACCAAAGUUAGAGCAACUAGCAAACCCAAAGGCCUGGAUUAAUGCAGCUACUCAGAUUUUUUUCUCACUUGGUCUUGGUUUUGGAAGCCUGAUAGCUUUCGCCAGCUACAAUGAGCCAAACAACAAUUGUGAGAGACAUGCCAUAAUUGUCUCUUUGAUUAACAGCUCCACAUCAAUAUUUGCCAGUAUUGUGACUUUCUCCAUCUAUGGCUUUAAGGCAACAUUCAAUUAUGAAAACUGCCUGAACAAGGUGAUCCUACUGUUAAUGAAUGCUUUCGAUCUGGAAGAAGGAUUUUUAACUGCAGACAAUCUCAACCAUAUGAAAGAGCAGCUCAUGGUGACCUACCCAAAUGAAUAUGUAAAAUUACUACCACAGAUUAAAAACUGCAGUUUGGAAGCUGAACUAGACACGGCUGUCCAGGGAACCGGACUGGCAUUUAUAGUUUAUUCGGAAGCAAUUAAGAACAUGGAGGUGUCUCAGCUGUAUUCAGUGCUGUAUUUUUUUAUGCUUCUGAUGCUGGGCAUUGGCAGCAUGCUGGGAAACACUGCAGCUAUCCUCACUCCUUUGACUGAUAGCAAGUUCCUUUCCACCCACUUACCCAAAGAAGUCAUUUCAGGUAUUGUGUGUUUUAUCAACUGUAUUGUUGGCUUGACAUUCACCAUGAAAGCUGGGAACUACUGGUUUGACAUAUUCAAUGACUAUGCAGCUACCCUCUCUCUGCUGCUCAUUGUGCUGGUGGAAACUAUUGCUGUUUGCUAUGUUUAUGGGCUAAGAAGAUUUGAAGAAGACCUUCAUCUGAUGAUUGGACACAAACCAAGUUGGUACUGGAAAAUCAUGUGGGCUUUUGCCAGCCCAUUGCUAAUUAUCAGCCUGUUUAUAUUUUACAUCACUGACUACAUCCUCACAGGAACACUGCAGUACCAAGCCUGGGAUGCCACACAGGGUCAACUGGUUACAAAAGAUUAUCCCAGCUACGCUCUGGCAGUUAUUGGACUGCUGGUGGCUUCAUCCACAAUGUGCAUACCACUAGGUGCACUUGCAAUUUUUAUCAAAAGGAGACUGAAGAGGGAACACAGAUCAACUGUUGCAUGAACAUUUAAAACUGGUUUGGUAAAAGGUUUACUACCAGAUACAAAAACUGUGCACUUUCUGGAGACCCCAGCAACCAUUAUUCUUAGCAAUUAUUUAUAGAUCAGCUGAACCUUGUCUGUUUUAUUUACAAAAAAGCACUGCUAGCAGCACCCACAGUGGUUUAAAAAAAAAGUUUGUCUGCAGAAGCAGCAACUUUACGAGCGUCUCUGACACGUAAACACAAAGAAGGGCAGCUCAUGACAUGCUCAUUAGUGUACAUUUGCCAACAUGUUAACUGCAACUGUUAGACAAUUGUCUCACUCUGUAGUGCUACAUUCACCUUAUGAAAACAAGUUCUUAAGAAACUGGAAAACAUCUGAAUAGUCUGAAAGCCACUCUUUCCCAUGCGUACUAUUUUGAAGUAAUACAUAGCUUUACCAUUCAUGUUUUAUCAACUGGAUUUCUAUUGAGAAAAAGGUUGCUAGCAAGUUUUUCCCAGAUAAAUAAUGCCAUCCUGUAAGAGUCAAUGGCAAAUUUUCACUGAUGCAGACCACCCAUUGCAACCUGGCCCUUUGCUGCAGGCCUCAAGUGUCACCCCCCAACCCUCAAAAGUGGCCCGCUGCCUGCACUUAAUCUUGCUGCCAAUCCUCAGCCCUUCUGCAGCAAAGGUAAUCACACAUACAGCAGAGCAACAAGCUCUGCAGCAGAGGGGAUGGGCAGCAUCCGUGCCACAGAUUCCCUAAACCAGAUCAAAUCAUUGCCAGCUGCAUCUGGCCAGGAGAUGACAAGUUGCCAACCCCUGGCUUAGGUUUAAGGAUUAGCUGUGUCAAUUCUCAUGUUUCCAAAAACAAUAAAUACCUACUUU